AUGGAGAAUAAAAAGAACAUGCCAGCGACACAACAGCCUCUCACCCAACAGCAUUUAAUGGCCCAUCAUGUUCAUCCAGAUCACAUAUAUAAUUCGCAGCAGACGCAAUUGCCCACCCACAUAUCAACCCAAACCAGCCAAAUCCAACCAAACGGCGUCAUGCACCAACUUCUGCAAAGCCAAUAUCAAUUAAAUAUGAACGCGAGAUCACCGCUAUUAGAAAAUAGACACGAUUUAUACGGCACCGGGCAUAAUCAUGAAUUUGCGAGACAUUAUGGAGCUAACGAUAAUUACAAUUACCCACAGUCCCCACCUAGAGUAGAAAGGACGGAAGUCCACACCGACCAAAACGUUAACCACGAUUUACUACACAACAUCCCUAAAGGAUACAACGCCGAGGUUUAUCAGGAUUAUCUUAAACGUAACCCACCGAAAGAUACCAAUCAAAUAUACCAAAAUCAUCAACCAAUGUACAGGCCUAACGCGAACCAGUACGGCUCGAAGCCGUACCUUCCUUAUUCGAAUAGAAUAGGACCGCAAAGCAAUACAGAGCUGUUGCGAAGACAGUACAAUGAAAUUCAGCAGAUGAAGAUGCAACAACAGUUGCAUUACCAGAAUCAGGCUCAGAUGCACCAGCAGCAGAAAUUUGCUGAACGCCAACUGUUGCUUCAACAGAUUCAUGGAAUCCAACCGCCACCAAAUCUACAGAACAGCGUAUACUCCGACGGAUCUUAUAGGGACUUGGAUCGGUACAGCAGUAAAAACGACUUCAAGGAGUACGACCUACAAAGGGAUGUCGAAGAGUACGCUAAGAGUAACGAAUUCCGAGAGCCUGAUAAGCCGAUUAGGCAGUAUCAUGAUGCGCAGUGGCAGUCGAAUCAACCAUCUGAUUUUAGAGAGACAGAGCGCUAUAGAAAACACGAGGACGAUAAAGCUAAGAGUCAGUCACCGCCUUCUGAUUUCCACAAUCAAUCGCAGAAGUCUAAUGUUGGGGUAGUUUCACCAAUGAAGUCUAGCGAAUCCAGCAGCCCCAGUGUCAAGUCGCCGUCAUCCGAGAGCCGUAGAAGCAGCGGUGGCAAUCAAGCGCUACGCUCACCAAUCGCUCAAAGGAUACCGUCCGCUCCUGUCGCCAUGUCGGGUAUUUUAUAUAAACAAGGUUCGGACGGCCUCAAGGUUUGGAGAAAAAGAUGGUUCGUCUUGUCGGAGUACUGUUUAUUUUACUACAAAAGUCAAGACGAAGAGAAACUUUUGGGAUCGGUUCUACUUCCAUCGUACAAAGUAUCAGCAUGUACAGCCGAGGACAAGGUGUUGCGGAAAUUCGCAUUUAAAUUGGAACAUGCAAAUAUGCGUACCUAUAUAUUAGCAGCUUUGGACCAAGAAGCCAUGUUGAAAUGGGUGAAGGCAUUAACAAUGGCGGCACUAAUGCAAAAUCCUAUUGACCAGGCGCAAAAACAGAGUGAUCGAACAACUACCAAAAAUGAGGAUGGAGAAGAAGCAGGACCGACUUACGCAAAUGCCCCGCCCAAACCUAGAAGGUCGAACGAUGGAUAUAAUUCACCAAGCCCUGAUAUGUAUGAUCCCAACUAUGAUUUACUCAAAAAACCCGCAUCACACUACAGCCAAGGCACUAAUAAUACGCGUUAUCAAGACCAUACCAAUUAUCCAAGUAGUUCGAAUCAAGAAGCAACAUACAUACGCUCUCCACAGUCACCACCAGUCCAACAACCACCACAGUAUCAGACGAAACGGCCAUACGACACUCAUAAUCUGUCCUUACCGUUAACUAACACCAUAACGGAAAGACUCGAGAACAAUCAAUAUAGUUCGUCCAUGUAUAGAUCUAAUCCUCAAUCUCCUUACUUUGAAAAUAGGAAUAGAAAUCAACAGCAACAACAACAGACUGAAGAGCCGAAGCCGAAUAUGGGUCAUCUGUAUGAACAGAGAAUGCAGCGCAAUCCAUUCUUACAAGAUAUUCAGCAGAACGAAAGCCCCGCAAAGGACUGCGAUAUUCAAAACAUGAAUACUCCACUUUCAGAACAGAGUCGUCAAAAUUUAGGUUACAGUGAGACUUAUUCGGAAACGCGUACUGAAUCCACGCCCAACGCCAAUUCAAGUGCUUACAGCAAAGAUGUAUACGGUGAGUUAAAUAGACCGAGCCGAUCUGGCAGUACUGUAAAUGAACGAUUAAUAGAAAGGCGAACACCAGACACAUACGGCAGGGCGUCAAUUGCGACUUACAAUAAAGACAAAAUUGAAGACUAUGAGGACAUUUACUCAAACGAAAACGAAUAUGGUAAAACCUAUGUGAAGGCACCAAAGCAGUUUCAAGCUAAGGAUAAUGUUAGUAUAUCUAGUCACAAACAGGCUCAAGACCAGAUUUCCAAUCACACGCAAGAAAAGACGUUUAGUGGACCAGCUGUAUUAAGGCGAAAAAAGAUGCAAUCAAGUGGUAUCCAGCCACCAAUGCCACGGCCUCAUAGUGCAGACUUUUUAGAAUAUGAAUCUAAAUCAGAAACACAACAUAAACCGGCACCAGCUCGAACUUUAGGCGAUCCGACCCUUCAACCUCAGAGGCCUAAAUCCAGCCUCGAUAUUAAUUCAUAUUACGAUCCUAGUUCAGAUAGGUAUUAUUCCGAAGAGAGUUAUGCCGAGAAAAUGCGACAGUCUGCCCAAUAUUUGCAACAGCAGGCUAUUGGACCUCGUAAUAUUCAAAUUCCAUUGGCCAAAUAUGCUAGUGGUUUAGCCGAAAAACAACUGAACUCAGCAUAUUCCCAAAUCACUAAUAAUAAUUACGAGACUGAACUUGGAAUGAGUAGAAGCAGCCGGGAUAACGUAAGUUACAAUUCUAAAUAUAGUGAUAUUGAAGGUUUGAAUUCAAAUUGGACGUUGAGAGAGAAAGAAAGCCAAAAGGAUUACUUGAACAGAAGUGGCAGUGUUAUGAGUGACGGCUCCAAUGUUAGUGGAUAUGCCAAGGAAUCUAAUAGAUAUGACCCUAAUGCUGACGGAUUUAUGAGAUCAGCGAGUGCCCGUUUACCAUCGUCUACUUCAGAGAGAGAAGGCGAAAAGAAAAUACAACAGCGUGAGGAGUCAAUGAAGCGUCUUCUAGAAUGGAAGCAGCGGAUGUUGCAAAGCCCGCUAACGCGAAAAAGUACUCCGGCGACUAUUUCUUUAGCGCGAUCUCUAAAUCACAGCCGGCAGUCAUUGAGAUCCGAUCAGUACAAGCCAAAAACAUACACAAAUGCUUCUUACAACAGCUAUUCCUCCGAUGAUGAAGCUUCAACGACUAUGCCCGGCACGAAUACAGAAUCAGCUACUAAUAAUAACACUACUCCACAAACAUUAUCAAAGAAAGCUUUCUUAGGAAGCAAUACUUCAAUUGGACGAAAUAAUAGAGAUGCUAAUAUACCAGUUCGCGCUGUCAGUCCUAGAGUAAGAUGGGUGGAAGAGAAACAAUCAAAUGAUCAUUACAACUCUCAACAGUUGUCAACAUCUCAGCAAAAUUUGCACGCGCUAAAUACAACACAGGAUUCAUGGGCGACUGCAAGAUCACCUCCGAGAAAUUUACAACAACCAAUCAGUGCAGUCAGUCCCAGAAUUCGAAGGGACAUUACCAAUGAGGACUUGCGAAGGGAGGUGCAUCCAACGGGUCAAGGCGAUCAGAUAGGUGAAACUCCAACGGCCGGCGAACUCUUGGGCAGAACACACGAAGAGUUGGUGUUGCUCUUAAUACAAUUGAGGAGACGACACGCGGCGACACAUCGAUCUAUAGAGCAGUGCUGUGCACAAAUAAGUAGUAUAGAGGAUUGUCUCAGCUCUCUUAAAGCGAUGGAGCGGGAAGAAAGCUUGCAACGAUUGGAACAAUUGAAGAAACAACUCAUGGAUUUGGAGCAUCAGUACGAAAAGAGCAAACCUUUAGUGCACCUGGUUGACAAUAUGGUGAAACUGGGAUCACUUUACAAUAGACCUGGAUCGACGAUAGAGCGCUUAGAAAGAAAUCAGAGGCUAAGACAGAAAGUUCUGGCGGAACACGCUUUGGAACAGCAGCGGUGGUUGGAAAAUGCGGCCGCCGGUAAAUCCUUGGAAACUGAGGCUGCGAGGGCAAGAGUUGCGGAGCUAUGGGCGUUGGAGCAGGAGCUAGCUGACGAGGCGGCGAUUUUGCAAGGACUAAAGACAGACAAAGAUACAAUUGACACCCUAUUGACUGGGGUGCGCAGCAAACUAGAUAGUGUGCCUCGAGGUGAUAUGCAUGCUUACAACAAAAGCGGCGGCUUGGAGGCGGAAUUGACGCGCGUGCACGCCAUGUUGGCGCACAAUUCUAAGAAACUGGAGCAGACCGUGGCGGACAACGCGCGCUUGGAGAGCGAGUUGCAGCAGCUGCGGAGGGCGCUGCAGGCGCGCAGAAAGAACCCCCCCGCGCGCACCCCGCACGCCGCGCACCCCACCGCCCUGCUGGAGGACGAGGUUUCUCGCGUCCAACAUUUAGUGUCGGCGUUGCAGCGACAGAGGCAAGAAUUGUCGAGAGCAGUCCGCCAUCUCACUCAACAGUCGCGUGCUUUGCAGACCACUCACGAUUCCAUGCCAGGCAAACGUCGCCCAACGUCUUCGUGGCAGGAAACGAACUUGGACACGGGUCACACUGUGGAUCACGGACAAUCCGAGCUGGAAUACGAGGGGGGCGCUGCCCUAAGAGCGCCCGGUCACUACGAGCGGCGCCCCGUCGCCGUGCCGCUGUACGUCGACACGCGCGGCGCCUCAGAUCUCACCUCGCCAAUCACAAGCGAGGAGUUGCAGCACAAUGCCUUCAGCAACCUAUCCAACGUCGAAAAGCAGGAAAUAAAAACGGUCCGAAUCGUGAAAAGAGAGAGCGAGAGACGUCAGAGGGACAGAGAGCGCUCCCUUCAGCCGAUGUCCGAUUGGCCUGGGAAUAACAUAACAGCUAACCUCGACCAAUUCUUGGAGGAGGAAUUGGUCCAGCCCUCUAACUACACCAGGGCCUCGUCCCUCUCAAGGGCCGAUCACAGCAAAUACGAGGAAUACUACUCCAAGCCUUCGAACGUGGACCCGCCAAGCUAUCUCCGGUUGACCGAGAAGAACAUGGAGCUCAGCCCGAAGUUCCCGUCCAGCCCCUCGCUGUCGAACUACGAUUACUCGCGCGACGUCUCUUCUCUAAGCAGCAGCUACCACAUAAGCUACGACAGGUCCAAUUACGACCGCACCAUCUCGCUGUCCACCCAAUACCUGAACAGCCCAACCGACAGUUCUCGAACGCUGACCAACGACCCUCUGUCGAAAACCAGUAGUAUCGUCAGCCUAACUCGCUCAAAUAUGGAGCUGUCGCCCAUAUUCAAGAGCGAGGCCGCUAAGCAGAUCAUAACGGAGGUCUCCGACGGGCACAAGAACGGCUCUAUGCACAGGAGGCAGGUGCCAAAGGAGAAGAGGCGACACUACACCGCGCCACAUCACUUGAGUGCAAAGACUCUGAACGAAAUGCCGAAGGACGUCUUCAAUCAAGAUGCGGCGCAGCGUUCGCUGGACGACGCAGACAUGGAGCGGGCGUUGCGAGGCGCCGCACCGGACGUGGUGCGUUCCGCGCUGCCCACCCGCCGCGGGCCCGACUCCAUCGACCAGCUGCUCGCCGCGCCCCAGAAGAUCCUCAUCCCCGAGCGGUACAUACCGGAGAAGCCUCCCGAACUCUCGCCAGAAGAGCAACAAAAGCGUCAAGAGAAAGUUGAAUCCAUUAAAAAAAUGCUCACCGACUCUUCAGGUGAUUCCGCUAAGAGCCCGGCCGGCGAAGAGAAGAGGCAACGCGAGCAUUUGCUCCAGAUGAACCAGAUUCUCGCCAAGCAGGUCACCGAGAUGAGCAAAAUCAUAGCUGUGAGAGCAUUGGAAGAACUGCCGCUUCAAGAUUACGCCGAGGACUCUGAUGAUCGCUCUCCAGACGUAGAGUUGCCGAUUUACCAACAAAGGGACAACUACUUCACU